GAUAGGGCACAAACGAGUAUCACACACGCGUGUAACCUCCAACGUAUAUAAACCAAAUCUCUAAACUCCUUUCUACUUCUCUCUUCGUUCUCGUGCGUUCCGAAACCCUAGACUUCAAAUCCAGCGAGGUUUAUCAAUGGAUCGCAAAAGAGGAAGAUCCGAAGCUUCCUUCAAUGGCAAUGGCGCCGGAAAACGAGGAAGAUCCGAAAUGGAGUCCUUUCAAUCUGGUUUAGGAAGCAAAUCGAAGCCAUGCACAAAGUUUUUCAGCACCUCUGGAUGUCCUUUUGGUGAGGGUUGUCAUUUCUUGCAUUACGUUCCUGGAGGCUUUAAAGCUGUCUCUCAGAUGAUCAAUGUUGGUAGCAGUCCUGCUAUUCCACCCGUUGGUAGAAAUCCAAAUGUUCCGCCAUCCUUCCCGGACGGGUCUUCUCCACCGGUUGUUAAGACCCGAUUGUGCACCAAGUUCAAUAGUGCUGAAGGUUGCAAAUUUGGUGAUAAAUGUCACUUUGCCCAUGGUGAGUGGGAGCUUGGCAGGCCCGCGGUCCCUACAUACGAAGAUACUCGUCCCAUGGGACAAAUGCAGAGCAGCAGGGCUGGUGGGAGAUUCGAGCCUCCACCUCCAGCUCAUGUAGCUGCUGCCGGCUUUGGAGCCUCGGCCACUGCAAAAAUUAGUAUCAAUGCUUCCCUUGCUGGAGCUGUCAUUGGAAAAAAUGGUGUAAAUUCCAAGCAAAUCUGUCGCAUAACAGGAGCUAAACUUUCUAUUAGGGAUCAUGAAGAUCCUAACCUUAGAAAUAUUGAACUCGAGGGGAAUUUUGAUCAGAUCAAACAAGCUAGUGCCAUGGUUCAUGACCUUAUUCUAAACGUGAGUUCGGUCUCCGGACCUCCGAGAAAAAACACCACUUCAAAUUCUUCUGCUCCUGCAAACAACUUCAAGACCAAGCUGUGUGAAAAUUUCACCAAAGGAUCCUGCACUUUUGGGGAAAAGUGUCAUUUUGCACAUGGAACAGAUGAAUUACGCAAGUCUGUAAUGUGAUACAGAUUUUAGUUAUAUUAUUCUUAGUGAGGAUUGAACUGUGCAGAAUUUUCUAAUUUACCACAUGUUAACAAAUGGGGGAUUGUGGAGUCUUACCUCAGCUUCUAAAAUUCAAUUACAUUUCAUUGUCACCAUUUUUUAAAAUAUUUAUUGUAUCAAAAUUAUUUAGCUAA